AUCCAACAGUCCAAAUGACUCACAAGAACGGCAGGGCUAAACGAGGCUGACGGACUCACCGCCUUCCGGCCUCGCGCGCUCAGUGGAGGCAAUACUUUGUUCCGGGCCAACCCAAAGUGGGUCUCCGCACAAACCCGUGACCACCCUCGCACAGCGAAAAUUCGUCCAAAACCCUCCCGAGAACGACAACGCCAUCGAAGGAACCUUCCCCCAUACAGCCUCCCCCGUUGCAUCUGAAGGCCAGAUUUCUCCGUCAAUAUGGGUAAAGUCCACGGAUCGCUCGCUCGUGCCGGUAAGGUCAAGAGCGCCACUCCCAAGGUCGAGAAGCAGGAGAAGCCUAAGGUCCCCAAGGGCCGCGCUAAGAAGAGAAUCGUGUACACCCGCCGUUUCGUGAACGUCACUAUGACCGGUGGCAAGCGCAAGAUGAACGCCAACCCCAGCUCGUAAACGUGACGCAACCUCCGAAAAAUCUGCAAAACCUUUUCGAUGACUCGGCGACGUUGAUUCCCCCAUUGGUUUGCCGCGCGCGGAACGAACAACGGGAGGCUAGCAAUUUGUGUAACGAAUAUUAUCUGCGGGGGGUGUCCUUGUGAUGGCAAUGAAACGGCUCUUUGUCUUUGUGUUCGGGUGCUGCGUGUGAGCGUAGCCUCGGGCCAAAGCAGAGAUGGGUGCAACUUUUUUUGAGAUUCAAAUAUUCGGUAUCGGCUUUUUUUUCUUAGGGGCGAAUACAAUCACUUUGCUCGGUCUCUCGAUAUUUUUGGUCUUGAUUCUUGGUUCUCGGUAGAUUGGGUGGAUUAGAGGUGUGUUUUUGAUGGGACACACUUUGGAUACAGGUCUCCAUUGUCCGUAUGAAGGCUGUGGACUGGUUUGCAGCUCUCAGUUGGCUUUUGGCUG